AUGAGCCGAAAAUUUCUUGUUGGUGGCAACUGGAAAAUGAAUGGUGAUAAGAAAAUGAUUGAUGGUAUUAUCGCAUUUCUAAACGAGAGUUGUUGUUCACCAAACGUGGAAGUAGUUGUUGCACCGCCGUUUCCAUACCUUGCUUAUGUUAAAGAUAAAGUUAAGCCAGAAAUCCAAAUAUCUGCGCAAAAUGCAUAUAAGGUACCCAAAGGAGCUUUUACCGGGGAAAUUUCACCUGCAAUGAUAAAGGAUCUCGGUUUGCAUUGGGUCAUCUUAGGGCAUUCGGAACGGCGUCAUAUUUUCGGUGAAUCCGAUUUACUUGUUGCUGAAAAAGUUGUUCAUGCUGUAGAAACCGGAUUGUACAUCAUAUUCUGCUGUGGUGAAAAAAUAGAAGAACGUGAAGCUGGGAAGACCAAAGAAGUAAAUUUUAGACAGAUUCAAGCUCUCAUUGAUAAGAAUGUAGACUGGAAUAAAAUUGUUAUCGCAUAUGAACCAGUUUGGGCCAUUGGCACUGGCAAAACUGCUACGCCGGAACAAGCUCAAGAGGUCCAUGCUUGGAUUCGAGAAUUCCUAAAAGAAAAGAUAUCGGCUAAGGUUUCCAAUGCAACUCGAAUUUUAUAUGGUGGUUCAGUAACAGCUGAAAAUGCUCAAGAACUUGCAAGAAAACCAGAUGUUGAUGGAUUUCUUGUCGGUGAUUUUCCAGAAGAAAACUUUGAAGGUUUGGAAAAAGAAGUUACGAAUAUUUGGCAUGGUUGUCACCACUUAGAAACAGCAUCACAGGUUCAUUUUGACAGCCGCAAUUUACAGAAAUAUACUAAUUAUUUUUCUAUGAGUUCAAUCUACAUAACUGAACCGGCAACUUCUGGCAAGGUUUGCCUUCACACGACAGUUGGUCCUAUUGACAUAGAACUUUGGUCUAAGGAAUGUCCUCUGGCUUGUCGAAAUUUCAUUCAACUUUGUAUGGAAGGCUAUUAUAAUAAUACGAAAUUUCAUCGACUUAUUAAAAAUUUUAUUGUGCAAGGAGGUGAUCCAACGAAUACAGGAAUGGGUGGCGAAAGUAUAUAUUCACAGCCUUUCAAGAAUGAAUUUCACCAACGACUCAAAUUUUGCCGUCGUGGAUUGCUUGGAAUGGCAUCAGAGAAUGGUGCAAAUGGCUCUCAAUUUUUUUUCACUCUUGGUGCAACUCCUGAUCUCGACAAAAAGCAUACAUUAUUUGGCAAGGUUGUCGGUGAUACAUUGUUUAACAUGUUAAGAUUAGGUGAAUGUGAAGUCCUUCAUGAUGAUAAACCUUGUAUUGAAAAUAAAAUAAUUCGCGUUGAGAUAUUGGAUAAUCCUUUCUCAGAUAUUGUGUUGAGGAUUUCGACAAAGAAAAAAAAGUCGAAAGAAAAGCAGAAACAGAAAACUGAAGAAAAGAAGUAUUUUUCUUUUUUUUGGCAGAAUGGUCCGCUGUUAAAUCUUUCAUUGCUCUCAUUCGGAAUGGAAGCUCAGGAAGAUGAAGACGAACUCUCUAUAGCAAAUGCGAAGUUCAAAUCCAAAGGCAUAAGUGCUCAUGAUGUUUUAAACGAUGAAAAACUCAGCAAAGAAUUAGCUGUUGAUACAGAACAGUUGAUAAAUUGCGAGAGGAGACUUGAUUCCGAUGAAUCGGAAAAUGAACUAAGUCGAAUUCGACAGCGAUUUUUGAAAAAAAGACCAAAAAUGAAUGCAGAUAUGACAAAAGAGAACGAAAACGAAGUGGAUUUGGAUGAUGUAGUUAAGCAGGAAACGCUUGAGAAGAGAAAAAAAAAAUUAGAAGAAAUAACAGCUGAAGUAAAGUCGAUGCAAAAGGCAUAUAUCAAAGCGUUAAGACAGCCUAAAAAACAAAUGGAGAAUGAUGCAGAAGAUGAGCCGAAAUCUGAAGCCAUGAAGGUUUAUAUGGCCAUGAAAUCAAAAUUCACUGAUAUUUCAAAAACCAUGCAUAAAAGUAAAGAUCCAAGGAGACAAGACCAAACGUUAAAUCUGAUGAAGAAAUUUGAAAGCAAAUUGAUGGAAUCUAGUCAUGAAGCUCAACCAGUGCUAUCGGACAAUGCAUUCAAAUUAAAAUCAGAUGGCAGUACAUUGGAACCGAUAAACUCGGCUCCAGAUAAUGCAGAAGCAGGUGAUUCGCAGCUUGGAAAAUUGGAUCUAGAUGAUGCAGUGGAUUUGAAGUUUGAUGAAUUGAUGGUUCAUAAAAUUAUUGCCGCACCAGAAUUAACGUUUGUUAGUAAAGCAAAAGAUGCAAACAUACGAGAAGAAAUUGAAGAUUGGUACUCUCUUGACGAUCCUCGUAAUAAAAUGAAUAAACGACGGAGAGGAGAAAAAUAA